GCCGAAAGCCUUAGGGCUGCAGUAGACAUGGGAGAGGUACCUAGCGAGAGUAAGACGCUUGCCCGAACCGGAAAACAAUGUGGUCGGAUGGAGUGGGGGCUUAAAUCCGGAGCUCCUCCGUGCGACGUUGACGGUACGGCUUAUGUGGCUACGGCAUUCCACUUCGAGAGAUUUUCCUUCCUUCGUAUUUUUGCAUUGAGUGUUUCUCGUUCAUCAUAGCUUACAUCGUCUCACCUGGUAGAUUAGAUCAUCGUUGCUGUCAUUGCGUUAUAGUACUUGCAUUUCCAUAUAAUUUCACUGCCACCAUGCCACCUGACUUCGCGUUCGUGAAUGUCAACGAUUCGGGACGGACACAGUCCACAGAUCGAUCAGUCAUUCGUAGCCGAUGUAUGCUCGGUAAACAUCGACAAGAAGGCUCGAGGCGAUCCAAACAAGCAGCUCGCAAAGCGCAGAGGGCAGCUGCUCAAACUGCGAGGGAGAAUCCGGAAUUACAGACGCUCAACCCUUCGCUUCCCCCCAUCAAAAAAUGGCUCUCCAGGACGAAUAAUGAGAAGCAGGGAGCUGGGAAAGAAUCUCAGGUCCAGAGGAUAGAAGGGACAGCUCAGGAUGAUAGCUCAGCACUCAUGCCUCCGGUUCCUCGUCCGCCACCCAGCGACAUGUCUCUCAUCCACUUUGCAGAGGAGUUGGAGAGGCCCUCUCAGGAAAUACUCUUCAGACUGGUCAACUUCAAUGCUCUCAAGGGCACCUUCUAUCCCAUCGAGCACUGCGUCGACCUCCCUCGCAGCGCGAAUUCCGAAGCACUUUCAUUUUCAUGGAUUCUCCAGGACAAAAUCUUCCUGCAUAGCGCCUUGUUCUACUCAUCCGCUGUUCAUGAACAUGCCCAGCGUUGUCAGCCAGGACAGAUGACACAAUUCCAUCUCCGACGCACAAUCAAAAUCCUCAACGAGACGCUUUCUCAACCAGACUCGCAUCGAAAUGAGGCCAUUUUCCACGUCGUACUCACUCUAGCCUUGAUGGCAGGUCUUUGGGGCGACUUCGGCAACACGGCCGUACACUUGUCAGGCUUGCGGCAGAUUGUACGCCUUCGUGGGGGGCUCAGGUAUCUUCGACGUCAUCCAAAGCUUCAUUUCAAGCUCGAUCGGUGAGUGAAUCUGCCAUCUGCCAUCUGCCAACUGUUAUGAGUAGGCCGACUCUGACAAUACGGCCUUGCUCUCUCGUGGUCUCUUGGCACGGGAGGUACAUCUUGUUUCUUCAACGGCCCUGUCAGCUGGGAGUCAUGCUUUGACGCGCAGUCAAGAGAUCCAACUUUCGGGGCUGAGAUCCUCUCCUGCAAUGUU